AUGUGCCUACUUUCUUUGGUUGUUUUUAAAGAGUUCAUAUCAUUUACCAACUGGAAAUUGAGUUUUAAUAGUAUUCUAUGCUACAUGAUCCUUACAUUCUGUUCUAUUUGGCCUUUUCUUGUUAUAUAUUUCUUGUUUAGAAACAGAGAUGAAAGAUAAGAUAAGGGGUUCACAGAGAAAUAUGGUUCAUUUUUUGAAGGAACUCAAUACUGGAAAACUCACACACUGUUUGUUGUAUUUCAUUUCUUAUUAAGAAGAAUGAUUUUUGCAUUAUCAUUGAUUUACUUGGACAUGGAAGUUUAAUUAGCCUUAUAAAUGAUUAUAUCUCUUGGUCUUUUAACAUAUUACAUUUCCUAUUAACCAAUGAGGAAAAGCUUCUAAAAUAGAUUAGAAGUUUAUAAUGAACUAACUUUUCUGAUAUGCUUAUGUUAGUGUUUCCUCUUUACUGAGUAUGUGGAUGAUGUGAAGUUAAGGUAUUAAAUUGGAGUACUCUUCAUAGUUAUUGUUGUAUUAAACAUUGUUACUAAUUUCUCCAUCUAUGUGAUAGUUCUCAUAAGAUAUUGCUACAAAAAGAUUAAGAAGGCAUUGAAAAAAAUAAAAUAGCCGAAUAGUGUUGUAUAAACAAGUGAAAUAAUCAAAGAGGAUCCUAACUUUAGUUAGUCCUAUGAUGAUAAUAGUGAUAGAAUAUUGCACUCAUACAGUGAUGACUCAAGAGUUGAUUCCUAGUGUGACUCUGCCAUCUCAGAAUUUGAGAGAGUAUAGACCGAAUAAAUACUUAGGAAUAAGUUUAAAGCUACAGCAGCGUUUAAGACAAACACUCCAUCCGAGAUCAGUGCCUUUAGUCGUAGAUAAACUGCAGUAUCGAAUAUGUCAUAACUCAAAAUAAGACCAGGAAAUGCUGUAAUUGGUGAAUAAUUCGUAACUCAAAGAGGUAAUAGUGUGAUGUACGAAGACAACUCCUUCAUAGUAACACUUGGGUUUAUUAAUGGUCACAAAUCCUAAGGUGACUGGAAAAAUAUUUAAGAGUGA